AUGGGCUGCGAGCUACAGGUCUACGAACACGACAACGGCGAUGUGGAGCAAAGGCUAUUCGUGAAGGGCAAGGGCUAUCCAGGCCUUCUGAUGACACGCACUUUAGGCGACUUGUCCGUGAAGGGCUGUGGCAUCACCAACAUGCCGGAGGUUGUGGAGUGGACAGCAGAGGAGGGAGUUUUCUUGUUGAUAGCAUCCGAUGGACUAUGGGAGCUUAUUCCGACCGCAGAGAUAGCGCAAGAGCUGUUCAGCUCGUUGGCGAAUGGAAUGUCACGGCAGAGCGCCGUAGAGAAGCUUGUGCUCAGAGCUAAAGAGAUUUGGAUGAGGGAAGUGGACGGUUACUGUGACGACAUCACCGCCUUGCUCGUCCCAUUGAGUCAGGAUUUGGCCCCGCUCAGCAGUUCCCUGACGGGUGUUUGUGGAGCUGGUGUGUGCAAGGAUACGUGCACGGUGUCUUAG